AUGGCGCUGAGAAUCUCGCGCAAGCUUUCCCUCAAUCUCUUCAAAAACCAAUCCCAAUCCAUAAAUCCUUUUUCCACUGCCACAAAUCCUCUGCAAAAAUCACCGCUUCAACAGAGUUCUCUUCGAAAACCUGGAUCUCACAGCACACAGAUCUAUCAUCUUCUAUCCAACCGGCGCUCGAAUUUGAUCCCCAACUCAAUUUCCCAUCCCUUGCUAAACCCUAGCCAUGGCUCCCAACCCCCUUUAGCUACAUAUCGAAACUUCAGACCACUAUCCACCUCAAAUUCAGACCAAUCGCCGCCCGAAAACCCUAACGGGCAUCCGAGCGGAGGCCAGGAAUUUAAGCACCAGGAAAUUACGGGCCCCACCGUGGAGCGUGAUCUAUCGGCCCUGGCUAACGAGACCCGAGAAGCUCUUGAGACGAUGAUGAAGACCGUUUAUAGCUUGAGCAAGGUUUUAGCUGGGUUGGGCCUCCUCCACCUUGGCCUGGGAGCUUGGAUAUCGUACGGCAUGAGGGACUCGCCCUUGCCGGAGGUUUCUGUUCAGAGCUUGCUGGCGUUCGGCCUGCCCUUCUCGGUGGCAUUCAUGUUGAGGCGGGCUUUGAAGCCCAUGUACUUCUUCAAGAAAAUGGAGGAGCAAGGGAGGCUUCAGAUUCUGACCCUUACUCUUCAGGUCACAAAGAAUUUGAAUACGUUUUUCGUUCGCGUUCGUGGGAUUUCGUAUUUGUGCAUUGCGGGUGCUUCGGUUGGUUUGAUAUUAGUUGCAGUGUCUAGGUGA